AUGGACCUGCAGCAGCCCGUGACCAACCUGAGCGAACCCUGCCGGAGCUGCAGCCACGCACUGGCCGACCACGUGUCCCACCUGGAGAAUGUCUCAGAGGAGGAGAUCAACCGGCUGCUGGGCAUGGUGGUGGACGUGGAGAACCUCUUCAUGUCGGUGCACAAGGAGGAGGACACGGACACCAAGCAGGUGUAUUUCUACCUGUUCAAGCUCCUGCGGAAGUGCAUCCUGCAGAUGAGCCAGCCUGUGGUCGAGGGGUCCCUAGGGAGCCCCCCCUUUGAGAAACCAAACAUCGAGCAGGGAGUCCUGAACUUCGUCCAGUACAAGUUCAGCCACUUGCCACCCAAGGAGCGGCAGACCAUGUACGAGCUCUCCAAGAUGUUCCUGCUCUGCCUCAACUACUGGAAGCUGGAGACGCCGUCCCAGUUCCGGCAGCGCUCGCAGAACGACGAUGUGGCCACCUACAAGGUCAACUACACGAGGUGGCUCUGCUACUGCCACGUGCCGCAGAGCUGCGACAGCCUUCCCCGCUACGAGACCACGCACGUCUUUGGGCGCAGCCUCCUCAAGUCCAUCUUCACCGUCACCCGCCGGCAGCUGCUGGAGAAGUUCCGGGUGGAGAAGGACAAGCUGGUGCCGGAGAAGCGGACGCUGAUCCUCACCCACUUCCCCAAGUUCCUGUCCAUGCUGGAGGAGGAGAUCUACGGCGAGAACUCUCCAAUCUGGGAGGCUGAUUUCACUGUGCCAGCUGCAGAGGGGGCCCAGCUCGUGUCUCGCCCAGUCACAGGCAUCUUUUUUUUCGCGGUCCGCACCGUCGCUGUGCCCACCACUCCGCUCUUCAGCAAGAAGCUCAGCAACAGCAGCUCUGCUGCGAGCAUGGACGCCAGCACCCCGGAGCCCCUGCCAGGGGAGAAGCGGAAGCUGCCCGAGAGCCUGACGCUGGAAGAUGCCAAGCGGAUCCGCGUCAUGGGAGACAUCCCCAUGGAGCUGGUGAACGAGGUCAUGCUGACCAUCACGGACCCCGCUGCCAUGCUGGGCCCCGAGCACAAGACCCUGGCGCUGAUCAAGGAUGGGCGAGUCAUCGGGGGGAUCUGCUUCCGCAUGUUCCCCACCCAGGGCUUCACGGAGAUUGUCUUCUGUGCCGUCACAUCCAACGAGCAAGUGAAGGGCUACGGGACGCACCUGAUGAACCACCUGAAGGAGUACCACAUCAAGCACAACAUCCUCUACUUCCUCACCUACGCGGACGAGUACGCCAUCGGCUACGGCUUUUCCAAGGACAUCAAAGUCCCCAAGAGCCGCUACCUGGGCUAUAUCAAGGACUACGAGGGGGCAACCCUGAUGGAGUGUGAGCUGAACCCCCGCAUCCCCUACACCGAGCUCUCCCACAUCAUCAAGAAGCAGAAGGAGAUCAUCAAGAAGCUGAUUGAGAGGAAGCAGGCGCAGAUCCGCAAGGUCUACCCUGGCCUGACCUGCUUCAAGGAGGGCGUGCGGCAGAUCCCCAUCGAGAGUGUCCCCGGCAUCCGAGAAACAGGAUGGAAACCACUGGGGAAGGAAAAGGGAAAAGAGCUGAAGGAUCCAGACCAGCUCUACAACACCCUGAAGAACCUCCUGGCCCAGAUCAAGACCCACCCCAGCGCGUGGCCCUUCAUGGAGCCGGUGAAGAAGUCGGAGGCGCCCGACUACUAUGAAAUCAUCCGCUUCCCCAUCGACCUGAAGACCAUGACGGAGCGCCUGAAGAACCGCUACUACGUCACCAAGAAGCUGUUCAUCGCUGACCUGCAGCGCAUCAUCACCAACUGCCGCGAGUACAACCCCCCCGACAGCGACUACUGCAAGUGUGCCAACACCCUGGAGAAGUUCUUCUACUUCAAGCUCAAGGAAGGGGGGCUCAUCGACAAGUAG